CUUGAUCGGAGGACAUCAUGCUGCCCCGUAAGCUACCGCCAGGAGCCUCGUUGCUACUCGUUCUCGGCGUUGCUUUGCUUGCUCCUUUGGGAUUCCUCUGGGUUGCACGCGACAUCCUGCAGCAGAACGGGGUAACGAUAUCGAACGCUGUAUUCGUCACUACCUAUGUCCUGUCGCUUCCGCUGCUCUCGGCCUUGCGCGUUGUCUUCAGACAGCUGAAGGACGCACGCGAAGCCUCCAAACGAGGGGCUCGUGUCGUUACGCGUGCGAAGGGACGAUGGCCCGGUAAUUUCGAUCUCCUCGUCACCGCCCUGAAGAACUGGGAGCAGUACACUGGCGAUGUCAUGACCGAACAGAAGGUCGCUAUAAGUCCCGGGCCGACGUUCAAUAUGAACGUCUUGUGGGACACCGUCAUCUUCACCUCGGAGCCCGAGUAUAUAAAGGAGGUCCUCGCGACCAACUUCCAGAACUACGAGAAGGGGCGUCGCUUCAAGGCUCAGAUGGCCUCAGUCCUUGGUACGGGCGUCUUCAACGCCGACGGCGAUCUUUGGAAGUUCCAUCGCUCCAUGACGCGGCCAUUCUUCUCUCGUGACCGCAUUUCCGAUUUCGAGAUCUACGAGCAUCACGCGCAGGCUGCUAUUGCCCGCAUGAAAGACCGGUUCCGGGAGGGCUACGCCCUGGACUUCCAAGAUCUCGUAGCGAAGUUCACGUUGGACUCCGCGACGGAAUUUUUGUUUGGCAAAUGCGUUAACAGUUUGGAGAGCGGACUUCCGUAUCCGCAUAACGCGCCGAUCGCCCAAGGAACUGCGGCACAGAUGAGCCACGGGCAGAGGUUUGCGGUCGCGUUUGCUCAAGCACAGGAGACGAUCUCUAUGCGGGCUGUCGUCGGCAAGUUGUGGAGGUUCCUUGAGUUGACGAAGGACAAAACGGAAGAACCGAUGAAAAUCGUCAAUAAUUUCAUCGAGCCUAUCCUGAAGGAAGCUAUCCAGAAGCAUAAAGCCGACGCUCCGCUUCUGGCCGCGGGAGACAAGCAGGACAUAGGAGAGAAUGAAACGCUCCUUGAUCAUCUCGUCCAGCAGACAAACGAUCCGGUCGUGUUGAAGGACGAGAUCCUGUCGAUGAUGAUCGCUGGACGUGAUACCACCGCGAACACGCUCAUGUGCUCUGUCUAUCUCCUCGCCACCAAUCCUGAUGUGCUUUCCAAGCUUCGCGAUGAGAUUAUGACGCAUGUCGGAUCCGCCCGGCCGCCGACCUACGAUGAUAUCCGCGCUAUGAAGUAUCUUCGUGCGUUCAUCAACGAGACGUUGCGGUUGUUCCCCGCCGUCCCCUUCAACAUCAGACAAUCCAUCGGACCGUCAACUUGGAAGUCCUUGAACCCGGAGGUGGAUCCGCGCCCCUUGUAUAUUCCUCCGAGGACGGAUAUCAUCUACUCAGUCUUGCUCAUGCACCGCCGCAAGGAUUUGUGGGGCCCGGAUGCGGAAACGUUCGAUCCAGACCGCUUCAUCGAUGAGAGACUGCACAAAUAUCUGGCACCAAAUCCUUUCAUCUUCCUGCCGUUCAACGCGGGUCCGCGCAUCUGUCUAGGUCAACAGUUCGCCUACAAUGAGGUCUCGUUCAUGAUCAUCCGGCUUCUCCAACAUUUCUCCGGCAUCGAUCUCGACCCCUGCGCUCAACCCCCUGACUCCCGGCCCCCGGAACACUGGAAACAAGCAGAAGGUCGCAAGGCGUACGAAAGGUUCUGGCCGAAGUCGCAUCUAACCAUGCAUGCUAAGGGUGGGCUGUGGCUGAAGAUGACUGAAGCUCCUGAGGCGGCCGAUGCGACCGCGAACACUCUCGCAUGA